UCGCGCCUGGUUUCCAAAAGAUCCGAUUUUUAUUUUUUAUUAUUUUUUUUUUAUCCUUUCACGGCUUCCGCGGUUUAUUUAAGCAGGGGGGAGCAGCCUGGAUUUCAUGCUCGGAGGCUAAUCGGGUUCUUUUCAGAAAUCGCCCCGGCUUGUUCAGCGAUCCCCUGCAAUAAUCUGUCACCAUUUGCACGCGUUUUUAAUUGCUGUUUCAGCUCACCCCUGUGAUCCUCGCUCUGAUUUGCUUGUUUGGCAUCUUGAAUCUUUACCGAGCCCGGAGAUUUUGGCUCCAUAUCAGCACCUACACAGUACGGCUUCUCAGUUUGCGGGGUUUCUUCGCAGGUCCGGCUCAGUUAUUUGUUUGUUUGCUCUAGAUAGGAAGGAUCAGCGUGAAAACACAUCUGCUAAUACCUCCUGCUGGGUAGGCAGAAGGGCGCUGGAGGGGCAGGUGAUUAAUAUUUGUCCUGGUUUUCCUAAGGUUAAUUUUGUUCCAGUUGCUCUGUGCGGAAAGCCUGCUGAAAAAAAAAAUAAAAAAAUAGUUGAAAUAGAAAUAUUUUAAUAGUGGGUUGAAAAAAAAAAGAGUAGUUGAAGCAGACUGCGUGUUCGGGCAGUGCGGGCUGGCCCUGACUGGGGGCAUGGGGCUGGGGCUGGGGCUGGCACGGCUCAGCCUGCCCUGCUGGCCCCCGGCCCCGAGCAGGGCUUCGUCCCACGCCCGGGCAUCCCGGCGGCAGCUCGGGCUGGAAUCCCAGUCUCUGUCUGGAAGUUUUUGCUGCUUUUUUAGCGAAGAGGACGCCCCCGGAUGGCAUGUUUUACCCCGCUAGGGUUUAACAUUUUUAACAGAUCCUUCUUAAGCGUAAAUCGCCGUGCUGUUUGAGCAGCACAAAGUCCCUCCCCGGUUCUGGAAGCUGGGAUCUCUCCACCAAGCCUCCUGGGUGAUUCCCAGAACCACACCACGGGCAGGAACAACGGCAGCGAGCUGCAGUUUUGUUUAAGGUUUGGCUGAAUGAAAAUCCGACGGGAGGAAUGUGCUCCGCAGGGGAGGAACCGGUGCUCGGAGGUCUCGGCGCUGCUUUUCCAAGGCACUAAAUGAGAAUAUGGCCAAUGGCAUUGAAGAUCUUAUCGGGAUCCCAUUCCCAAACCACAGCAGCGAGGUCUUGUGUGGUUUAAACGAGCAGCGGCAUGACGGUCUGCUCUGCGAUGUCAUCCUCAUCGUGCAGGACCAGGAGUACCGGACCCAUCGGUCCGUCCUUGCUGCCUGCAGCAAGUACUUCAAAAAACUCUUCACUACUGGCACUUUAACAGACCAGCCCUAUGUUUACGAGAUUGACUUUGUCAAGCCUGAAGCACUUUCUGCCAUCCUCGAGUUUGCCUACACCUCAACCCUCACCAUCACCACCUCAAACGUCAAGCACAUCCUCAGCGCCGCCAAGAUGCUGGAGAUCCAGUGCAUUAUCAACGUCUGCCUUGAAAUCAUGGAGCCCGACAGAGAGGUGGAAGAGGAAGAUGACAAAGAGGACGAUGACGAUGAUGAGGAUGAAGACGAAGAGGAGGAGGAGGAGGAGGAGGAGGAGGAAGAAGUGGAAGAUUUUGUCAAUCAGGAGAACCUAACUGAUGUCCAAGAAGUAAGCUGUCACCAAAGCCCUUCUAAGUCUGAUCUUACCGAAGAAGCAUACACAGAAGCACCUAAAGACUUCCCAAAUCACUACCCAGCCAAUAACUCCUCCGGACACUUGGGUGUGAUACGAGACUUCUCCAUCGAGUCCUUGCUAAGGGAAAACCUGUACCCUAAGGCGAACAUCCCGGAAAGGAGGCCAGCUCUCUCUCCUUUCACCCCCAGCUUCUUCCCCCAUCUGUGGAACGGCGAUUUUAGCUCCUUUCCCCAGCUCGAAGAGCCACAAGUAGACAACGGCCCCUUGGAUCUGGUGAUCAAAAAGAGGAAGAUCAAGGAAGAGGAGGAGAAGGAAGACCUGCCUCCGCCUCCUUUCCCUAAUGACUUCUUCAAGGACAUGUUUACCAACACCCCAGCGGAUCCCUUAGGGCAUAUUAAGGCAGAGACCGACUACGGCGCUUAUCUCAAUUUCCUCAGUGCUACCCAGUUCGGAGGAGUUUUUCCUCCCUGGCCCCUGGAGGAAGAGAGGAAGAUAAAGCCCAAGGCGUCCCAGCAGUGUCCCAUCUGCAACAAGGUCAUCAUGGGGGCCGGGAAGCUGCCCCGGCACAUGAGGACCCACACGGGGGAGAAGCCGUAUAUGUGCACUAUCUGUGAAGUCCGCUUUACCAGGCAGGACAAGCUGAAAAUCCACAUGCGGAAGCACACGGGGGAGCGGCCGUACCUGUGCAUCCACUGCAACGCCAAGUUCGUGCACAACUACGACCUGAAGAACCACAUGCGCAUCCACACGGGCGUGCGGCCCUACCAGUGCGAGUUCUGCUACAAGAGCUUCACCCGCUCCGACCACCUCCACCGCCACAUCAAGCGGCAGAGCUGCCGGAUAGCGCGGCCGCGGCGGGGCCGCAAGCCGGCGGCGUGGCGGGCGGCCAGCCUGCUCUUCGCCCCUGGCGGCCCGCCGGUGGAAAAGGCCUUCGUGAUGCCCCCAGCGCUGGAGGAGAUGAGCGGCCACCUCGGCGGCGCCGCCGCCGUGUGCCUUCCCGGCCCCAGCCCCAAGCACUUUAUGAGCGGGGCCAAGACGGCGUUCAGCCUGCAGGAGCUGGAGAGCCAGUUCGAGGACACCCAGAUGAAGCUGCUCAGGCGAGCCCAGCUGGACAUGGAGAGGAACGCGGGCAUUUUCGCCUUCGCCCUGGGCCACAACGAGAACCUCGCGGCCCAGCCUUUCUUCCCGCUCCCCGACCCCUGGAGCACGGGCUUCAGCGGCCUGGCGGGGCUCGGCCACGUGGCUCCCAUCUCGGAGGGCAGCAACUAGCCCCGCCGGGGGGCCGCUGCCUCCCUCGCUCACCGCAGACCCACCAAGCGAGCCGACCCCACUCUGGACGCGGCCUGCCUCCACCCAUGGCCACCGGCGCUUUAGACUCAGCGAUGCACUCGGUGGCCCCGUCCACGAAGGCCAUGCCAGGGCUGCUGCUCUCCUCAACGCUCCCGAAAAUGUCACUUGCCUUAGCCCGGGGCACGGCCACCCCCCUGGGACCGCUCUGCUGGGGGACCCACGGGGGGCACUGGACGCCCGCAAGCCGUCCAGACUUGGUUUUUGAUAUGUUACAUUCCUUGGCCCUUUUGGCCAAAAGGACUUUUGGGGGUUAUUGCUUUUUUGGUUUUGUUUUCAGUUAAAUUCCCAUGUCUGGAAACAAAAUUUUAUUCCAAGUGGGGUCCUGGUGGAAGAGCGGGGUGAGCGGGGCAGCUCUGCACUGCCACAGCCUGGAGAGAUAAGGGGAUCGAAUUUACGGGGCUGUGCGGUAUGCAUUGGGACCCUAAACAAUCAAAAAACUGUUUGGAGAUCACUCCAGACGAAACCUGUGUGGAAAAGGGGAAUUUUAUUACUUUGGUUCUUUGGCCAUUUCUGAACUUCAGACAGAGAAUCAAACCCUGUUUUGAGCAUUUUAACUUCAGUUGCUUAAAAAGGUGAAGAAAGUUUUUUGGAAGGAUCAGAAAUGUUUUGAUCCAGAGCUUUUUUUAAACCCUUGCUUUGGGAAAAGAAACCAUGAGGGAAUAUUGAAAUGAGAAAGUCGUUUCAAACCAAAGAGUCGGGAGAACUCAGUGAGAAUUUGCCACCGCUGACCAUGUCUGGAUUUCUGUCCUUAAUUGGGGGGCCCCCCCCCCCCCCAAUUCCUAUGAAAUUUUUGAUGACAAAAAUUUCACAAAACACUUGGGUGUCCCUGAAACUGCAAUGCUGAUAAGAAAAAAAAAAAAAAAAAAUCGGUGCGCAAAUUUUCCUGCUGCUGGUCUGAAGGGAUCUUCAGGGGAAAGGAGGCCACUGAAGAUUUCUUGCAGGCAAGGUGGUCUACUUGCAAGCAAGAAGAAAUCAUGUUUCUUCUCCAUUUGUUGCUUCAAAAGACAAGGGGAUAGCGUCUGACGGGCUGCUCUGAGCUCAAGGAGGUCAACGGUGGCUGCUGGGUCUGUGGUCCCCCCCUGCCUCCCUGCAGACCCUGCUUCAGCCACCCCCACCUGAUAUUUCUUCCCUCCCUCCUUCGAGGCCAAAAAGUGGCGGUGGGCUGGAAUUGCCCCGUGAGCCUCCUUUGGCCCGGCAGCUCCCAAAAACGUGAGCUGCCUUUGAGAAUGACGGCUUUGCUGGUGGUCUGCUGGUGGUCAGACGUGGUGGGACCCCCGUUUCACCAUCUGAUGAGAGAGGACGGCUUCCUGCGGGUGCCCGGUAGGGUGGUCAUACAUGAAAUCUGCUCGAAAAUGUAAAUGUUACAAAUUACGGCUUUUUCUUUAUUUCUUUACCAUGACCUUUCAACAUAUUUACCAUUUACCUUUCAACAUCAGCAGGAUGAAAGGCAACGAGAAGACUGCGGGUCCAUUUUCCAUAGGUUUUUGGCUUGCCUGCUGAUGGUGCUGCUCUGAAGCGGUGACCAGGUGAGGGUCUCCCCGCGGGAGCCUGGCACGUCCCCUCCCGUGCCCCCACAAGGGAUGCUCGUGCUGUGACCACAUGUGGCUGAACGCUGCCACAAACUGCCCGCUGCUUGUUCCUGGGAAGAAACCUGCAGGGAAUGUGUGCGCAACAAAUUGGUGGAGAAAAAAAUAGAAGAAAAAAGAAAAAGAGAACUUUAAAUACUGCAUCAAACUCUCUUUUCUUUUUUUUAAGUCCUUAUCAACUUCUUACACAAGCGACGUUUUGCAGAUGACUGGUUACUUCAGGUGUUUUUAGUCCACGAUUUGGAGUCAUUGUAAAGUAUCCAAAGAAGCUAAGUACUGUAUAACCUACAAGAACUUGAAGCAAGGUGUUUUUUUCGUCUCAAUUUCUUUUUUUUUUUUUUUUUUUCUAUUUGUCUAUGGGGGAAAACAUUUGCAAUUUUCUAUUUAUAACUAUUUUUAUGUGAUUGCUUUACGUACAAAACAAUGGGGAAAA